GACCAGAGAGUAGCCGGGUACAUGUGGGCUUGCAGUGCCUGACUGAGAGCAGGCAGCGGCAGUGUAAGCUCCCUCAGCAGAGAGAAGAAGAGAAAGGGUUGGUUGGCACAGUGUGCCCCCCGGUGGAGUCAGACAUGGGCAUGGGCAGACAGAAUGGAGAGGACUGCAGCUCUGGCUGUGUAAAGCCAGAAGCUCGUUACAGCUGGGAGGAAAUUCAGAAGCACAACCUGAAUACAGACAAAUGGCUUGUGAUAGAUCGCAAGGUCUACAACAUCACUGACUGGGUGAAGAGGCAUCCGGGGGGCAUGAGAGUCAUUGGGCACUAUGCUGGCGAGGAUGCCACUGAUGCAUUCCAGGCAUUUCAUCCAGACCUCAACUUUGUAAGAAAAUUUCUGAAGCCCCUCUACAUUGGUGAAUUAGCUCCUGAUGAACCCAGCAUUGAUCGUGAUAAGAAUGCUCAACAAGUGGCCGACUUUCGUGCAUUGCGAAGGACGGCAGAGGAAAUGGGACUUUUCAACUCCAGCUUUCUCUUCUUCACUCUCUACUUAUCUCACAUCAUACUCUUGGAAAUUUUGGCCUGGUCAACCCUCACCUACCUGGGAACAGGAUGGAUCCCAACCUUAAUCACCAUUCUGUUACUUUCAACCUCACAGGCCCAAGCUGGCUGGCUCCAGCAUGAUUUUGGUCACCUCUCUGUCUUUAGGAAAUCAAAAUGGAACCACAUUGGCCACAAGUUUGUCAUUGGACAUCUCAAGGGCGCCUCUGCCAACUGGUGGAAUCAUCGCCACUUCCAGCACCAUGCAAAACCAAACAUAUUCAGCAAAGACCCAGAUGUGAACAUGGUGCACAUUUUUGUGCUGGGAGAAACGCAGCCCGUAGAGUAUGGAAAGAAGAAACUGAAAUAUCUGCCGUAUAAUCAUCAACACAAGUAUUUCUUCCUUAUUGGCCCCCCCCUGCUGAUCCCCGUAUAUUUUACUAUUCAGAUAAUGAAGACCAUGAUAACUCGCAAGGACUGGGUGGAUCUGGCAUGGUCGUUGUCUUAUUACGCUCGUUUUUUCUUCACUUUCAUACCCUUCUUUGGCUUCUUCGGCUCCCUAGCAUUGCUGAACGUUGUCAGGUUCAUUGAGUCCCACUGGUUCGUGUGGGUGACACAGAUGAAUCACAUCCCAAUGGAAAUUGAUCACGAGAAGUAUAGGGACUGGCUUGGCAGUCAGCUGGCAGCUACUUGCAAUAUUGAACAAUCAUUCUUCAACGACUGGUUCAGCGGCCACUUAAACUUCCAGAUUGAGCACCACCUGUUUCCCACGAUGCCUCGGCACAACUACUGCAAGAUCGCCCCUCUCGUCCACUCUUUGUGCAACAAACACAAUGUGGUUUACGAAGAGAAGGGUCUGCUUGUCGCCUUCCAGGACAUUGUGGGGUCCCUGAGGAAGUCUGGCACGCUGUGGUUGGACGCCUACCUCCAUAAAUGAAACAACUAAUGUCAUGGUGCUCCUAACCUUAACAUAACUUUGUUCACACCUAUAUAUAAUAUUUUAAGGUUUGUAAUGCCUCAAAUUAAGGUUGGGAGGAGGAUUUUAGGUAUUUGUAUCUCUUUACUGUCAGGGGGCUCCUGCAAGGCAGUGUGAGAGCUGCUUUGCAAGACUCUCUGGCAGUAAAGAGUUUAAUACAUCAUCACAUAUUGUGUAUCCGCCUUAAGUAUACAGGACUCUUACCUCUGGGUACCCUGAAACAUGAUAAGGGGACACGCAGCACUAUCCUUUAAAUAAAUAAUAAGUCUUGCUUAUCUAAAGGCAACUUCAAAUGUGCUGAAUUCCCCUGUGGUAAAGAAAAUGGGGGCAGUCUGGUGAAAGUGCCUCUUUUCCCGUUCAGCUCUUUUUGCUGCACAUUUAAUUUAAAGACCACAGGGAGGGGAACUGAGAUCGAGCAGUUGGGGGAGACUGAUGGGAAAGGUUUGGGAAGUGAAUGGGAGAGUAUGAGUAAGUAUAUCAAUAGAAAGCAGUAAUGUGGAAAGGGUUAUUAGACAAAGAAGGGAAUGAGAGGUAGAGGGUAGUGGGAGUAUUGUCUGGUAGAAGAGUCCCUGUUCUCUCAGUAUGUUGAAAAACCCCUGUGCAGCAUACAGGAAUACAACUUCAGCGAGCCUUAUCUUUAUACACAUGGCUGUCAGGUUCCUCAUGUUCCAGCUCUGCUAAUACUCACCAGACUCCCCAGAGUACUCAUUUAUACUUGCUAACAAGAGCACAAGAGAAUCAGGCUUGCCUUGCCUUAUCCCUAUGGGGUCCUGUAAACAUGAGUAUGUAUUUACAUGCUGCCUAAACCAAUACCAGGUGAAAAGGCUUCCUCCGUACACUGAAUAACAGUAGAGAAUGUAUUAUGAAAGGUAUUUAUUCAUUCCUGUUUUGCUGUAGCAGUGCUACUGUUGUAACUCUCCUCCAGAGAUGCCUCCGGUUAAUCACUUCAGAUUACACCUAUCAUAUCAUAGUUUAGAAUAACACAGUUUACUCCACAAGAAAUGUCUUCAAAAAUAUCAAUAGAUAUAAAUAUUGUCAUCUAUAACUCAUUUUCUCAUUUUGAUACUAGUAGCCUCUGUAGUUGAUUACUAAAAAUCUUGGAUUAGCUUAUACCAGGGGUGGCUGACCUUUUUGAAGGUAUGUGCCCAAACUGGCGAUAAUCUUUAAAAAAUAAUGUCACAGGCAGUUGAGCGCUAGUGGCCAGCAAUAUAGUGGUAGCCCAGGGGGCAUUAUUUUAUGCCACUUGCCACAGAACUUUUUUGCAUGCCACCAUGGGCACAAGUGUCAAGGUUUGUCACCCUGCUCUGAGAUGCGGGCACUAGGUUACAUGACUAGUACUUAAACAUUGAACAGAACUUAAAACGUAUUUUGAUUUCAUUAGUCUUCCCAAAGCUUACAAGUGUUUUUUUCUAAUCACACUGGCCGUUUCUGGGAUAUAUGUCCUAACAGGAUAGAUUCACCAAAAAAAUCAAAGAACUCUAUAGUGAGAAAAAUCUUCUCCAAUCAGUUCUGUGGGGCUGAUACUUUAAGAUUUGGAGCAUCACUCUUUAGCAAAUCAUCUCAAUUUUUUAGCAUUGGAGAAUUCUGUGAUGUUAUUAGUCAAAAUAGCUGUAUAUUUUACAAGGGAACAAUUUUCUUUUCAUGUGUGCUGGUGUAUUUCUUCUUUUUUGUAAAUGAAAAUAUGUUAGUCCCUGUUAAUGACUUGUGUCAAACAGUAGCGAUAUUAGACCGCAAAAUCCCAAGUUU